AUGAAAUCUAUUCUUCUAAUCUCUGGCCGACUUCUUCAACAAUUUGUUGUUGACAUGUAUGUCAAGAUAGAGACUUCAAGGUUAGAUUAUUUUCGUUACAAUCAACAACAUAUUCGAUCUGAAUUAUAUCAAGGCAUUGUUGAUAGCAUUAAUCUUGGAGAAACAAGCGCUUCAAGAAUUGGCAAACGUAUAAUUUUGCCUUCAUCUUUUAUUGGAGGCCCAAGAGAUAUGCAAAAAAGAUAUUUAGAAGCAAUGACUUUAGUUCAACGAUAUGGCAAACCAGAUAUUUUUUUGACAAUGACAUGCAAUCUAAACUGGAAAGAGAUCUCAACUCAAUUGUUACCACAUGAGGAAACCCAAAAUCGACCUGACUUAAUUGCUCAAAUCUUUAGAGCAAAAUUAGAAGAUCUGAAGUAUCAACUAUUCAAACGAGAAAUAUUUGGAAAAAUCUCAGCAUAUGUUUAUGUUAUUGAGCACCAAAAAAGAGGACUUCCACAUGCCCAUUUCCUAAUUAUAUUGCGUCAAGAUUGGAAAUUAUAUGCACCAGAAUCUUUUGAUGAGAUCCUAUCUGCUGAAUUACCUGACAAAGACAACAACUUACAUCUCUAUACAGCUGUUGUUAAGCAUAUGAUGCAUGGCCUGUGUGGAGUUCUAAAUCCAACAAAUGUAUGCAUGAAAAAAAAUAGUUGUUGCAAAAAUAAUUACCCAAAACAGUUUGUCUCAAACACUGUUGUUGGAAAUGAUUGCUUCCCAAUAUAUAAACGCUGCAACAAUGGAAGAACAGCCAAAAUCAGAGGACAUGAUUUAGAUAAUCGUUGGGUUGUUCCAUAUAACCCUUAUUUACUUACAAUGUUUGACUGUCAUAUUAAUGUUGAGAUAUGUUCUACAAUAAAAGCUGUCAAGUAUCUCUACAAAUACAUUUAUAAAGGCUAUAAUCGUGUUGCCUUUAAUCUGGUUUCUGAACAAAGCACUCAACAGAUUGAUGAAAUUGAGCGAUUUCAAUCAGCUCGAUGGAUUGCUCCACCAAAGGCUAUGUGGAGAAUAUUUGGGUUUAUUAUCAAUGAGGUUCAUCCAGCAGUCUAUAGCUUACAUUUACAUCUUAAAAAUCAACACUAG